AUGCUCGUCAAGUUCUUUGCUCUUUUCCUUUUCUUUACCUUUACUUUGGUCUCUGCUAGACCCGGCGAUAGAGGCCACUAUACUGUUAAUGGCUUGGGUAAGAGAAAGCAACAAAUUUUGAAAGCUGGUGGUGGAGUUUGGGAUAUCGCUAUUGCUAUGCUCGAGAGCGAUCACAUGAUUACCGACUAUCCCUACGGUGACAACAAGUCUGGCGAUGCUGCCAACUUUG